AUGGUUCGUAAAAAAUCGAGUGCAUCAAAAGUUAAAACACGAAAAGAAACAUAUAAAAGAAAACAACAUGCUCGUUCAUAUGCUAGUCGUUCAUGGCGAAUUUUGCUACUAACAGUAAGAGCUGUUCAGAAAUUUUCAAGUUUUAGACAUAAAAAUGGAGUAGCCAUGUGUGUAUCGAAAAGAUUCGGUACAGUUAAAUCAGAUUUAAUGCAUCAGGUUGAUGAAUAUCAAUUAAUCGAUUUCUUUGAAAAACCUAAUGAUGAACAUUCUACAAGUGAAAUAAUUAAUGUGAAAAACGAGAUUUGUAAUAUAUCUCAAGAAUCUACAACUUUAAAAGUUGGAACAAAAACUAAACUCGUGUCUUUGUUAAAAUCGGCUCAAUUUAUUGUCAAAAAGAAAAAAUUUCUAGUAUUAUCUCAAGCACGAUCAAACCGACUUGAUAAUCAUCGAUCAUCCUUAUCAUCAACUGAUAACAAUGGUACUGAUAGUGAAGUUAGUAAAGAAAAUUAUCGUUUGUCAAUAGAAGAAUCUAUUGAAAAAUUAUUGAAAAAAAUUAAUUAUAAUAUUCAUGGUAAUUAUUAUACAAAUAUAUCGACGAAAGAUUUCAAAGUGAUCAUCGAAAACACGAUUGAUUCUAUUGUACCAACUUGCUCAAUAGAAUGUAUAUGCAACGAAAGAAUAAAGUUAUAUUUAAAAAGUUAUCGAUUUCAACUAUCAAAUUUGAUGAAACAUUUGAAGGUCAUUAACAACAAACCAAUAUUGCUUAUCAAUAAUAGAAAUCAACAAUUGGAUGGUUCAUCAAACGUUGUAAAUCAAAUGAAUUUUGAUGAUCAAGCUUUAAGAAAUGAAAGUAGUCGACCAACUACUCAAAAUUAUUCUAUUCAACAUCAUACUAAUGAUAGUGAUCUGUCAGCAUCAGUUACAAUAAAAAAAACUCUCAGUCAAAAUAAUAAAAAUCGUGCUGAAUCAAAUAAUAGAAGUCGUGAUUUAUUAGCUACAAUUAAAAAAAAUCAUCAACCAUCGGCUACUAAUUUGCCCAAACAAAAUGAAACACAAAGUUCUAUUUCAUUUACUACAUCAUCAAAUCCAAAAAAUCAACUAAGAAAUAAUCGCCAAAAGCAAACUACUAAUUCAUCAUCCAACUAUCAGCAUUUAAAAUCGUUAAAGGAUCAAGUACGUUAG